GCUGCGCGGCGCGGGCUGCCUUUGGCUGAAACGUUGGACUCGGCUGCCGAGCGGUAGGUGGGCAUGGCGAGCCGCCCGGGACUCGGCUGCGCGCUGGGCGUUUGCUGCCUCCUCGGUCUCUUCUGCAACUCCGCGGUCGCGUUUGUGCUUCGGGCUCAAAGCAUUAAUGACAGACCGAUUAUCGGGAUAUUGGCACAGGAAACCGACUUUAAGAGCUUCCAAAAAUUCGGAAGUUCUUAUAUUGGUGCGUCAUAUGUGAAGUUUCUUGAAUCUGCUGGAGCACGGGUAGUACCAGUAAGAUUAAAUCGUUCAGAUGAAGAGUAUGAUAAGAUUUUCCAUUCUGUUAAUGGGAUUCUUUACCCUGGAGGUGGUGUUGACCUAGAGACUUCUGAAUUUUCCAGGGUUGCAAAGAUAUUCUACAAUAAAGCACUAGAGGCGAAUGACAGAGGGGACUAUUUUCCCAUCUGGGGCACAUGCCUGGGACAUCAGCUGCUCAGCUACCUCACGAGUGGGGAGGACCUGCUCACUUGGACGAAUACGGAUGGCUUUGCAUUUCCACUGAACUUUUCUCAAGGUGCCCAAGACCGCAGGAUGUUCAAAGAUUUUCCUGACAAUUUGUUGCAAGCAAUGGCUUCUGAGCCUCUGACUUCAAACUUUCAUUUCUGGAGCCUUUCUGUGCAGAAUUUCACAAAUAACGAGAAACUGCGCAUGUUCUAUAAGAUCUUGACAACUAAUGUUCAUAACAAUGUGGACUUCAUAUCCACCAUGGAAGCCUACAGAUACCCUAUUUAUGGUGUCCAGUGGCAUCCAGAGAAAAAUCCAUAUGAAUGGAAGAACUCACCAGGCAUACCUCAUUCCCAGCCAGCUAUAGAAGUAACAUAUUUCACAGCUGACUUCUUUGUCAAUGAAGCCCGGAAAAGCAAUCAUCAUUUUCCCAGCAAAAAGGAUGAGACGAGUGCACUGAUUUAUAAUUUUACCCCUCUUUUCACUGGGACAUUUUCUUCCUUUGAUCAAGCUUAUUUUUUUGAUUAAAUUUUCAACAGAAGCAGUCCUUGAAAGUAUUAAACUGCAGCAUGUUUCAGAAUCAAACUAAUGCAAAGCAUUGUGAAGAGUAAGAAGUCAGGUUGCUUCUAGCUCCUUCUAAAUUCUAUUUCCCCCCAUUCUCUCAAUACCCAAUUGCACUGUUUUGUUUGUUUUGCAAUGGCACACUCUACUAUAGAGAACUUCUGGAAAGCCUCAUUUGUUAAAUUUAUAUCCCACUUUUUAAUUACAAAUAGCACUCAAGGCAACUAACAAUAUUAAAAAUAUAAGAUAUCAAAUUAUAAUUGAAACAUAAAAGCAAAUCAGUUAAAAUACAUCAGUAAAAAUGAAGUAGAGAGCACCCAUUUUACCAGACAGUUUAAAACUCCAGGCCUGUCUGAAUAAAAAUGUGUUUACCUGCCAGCAGAAGGACAACAAUUAUGGAACUAGCCUGGGGGCAGCCACCGAGAAGGUCCUCCCUUGCACUCUCACCAUACGUGCUUCUGCUGGAGGCAGGGCAGAGAUCCUCAGGAGACUUAAAAUUGCGGUAGGCUCAUAUGUGAGAAUUUGAUCUUUCAAAAUUGGAGUGAAUGGCUUCUGUGUAAGGUGGGAACCUGUGGUCCUCCAGAUUACUGGACUACAACCCUGAUGAGCUCAGAUGAUUGGCCAAGCUGACUGGAGCUGAUGCGAGUUGCAGUCCAGCAGCAUCUAGGGGGCCACAAAUUCCCCACUCAUAGUGUAAAAGCACUGAAGCUUGUGCAGGAGGAUUUCAAUGUGGCCCAAAUCACUCUUCAGCUCAAGGACAGAAGCCAUGACUCCUACAGUAGGUAAGAAUGGAAUUGGAUGAGUGGUAACCUCUGCAAACUACACAGGACUGGUUUACCAUCCAAUGGUACUGUAUACUUGGCGAGGUAGCACACGUGUCCCCACCAUUGGGUACAACAUGACAUAAUGCAGGGUAGGUAGAUCUGUCAUUGGAAAUCCAGUUCUUUUGGGGAUCGACAGAGUUCUGCGGCAUGUACAGCACACUUUGUGUCUACAAGCCAAGCUGCGGGCUCAACCCUGAAUUCAGGGCACUUUUUGCCCAUUUUUAACACUGCAAUUUGCACAAAUUUCUGAGUAAUUUUCACAAAUUAUAGUCAAAUUUGUGCAAAUUAAGCAGAUUUUGAUGUAGUGUGCACAGAUUUGGCUGUAAUGUUGGCAAAUUGCUCAGAACUUUGCACAAAUUGCAGAACCUUCCCUCAAAAUAAACGUGCAAAAUUCCCAGGUAACUGACAAACUGGCCCAGGUCACUGCCGAUCCAGUUCUGUGCCAUAAUAGGAACCAAAACGAGGUCAGGGCAGGGGGGCGGGGUUCAGGGUCUAGGCAGGCUCCACAAACUCCCCUUCCCCCGCCAAAUGGAUUUCUCUGACAUCCCUAAUUCAGGGCACACUUUCCUUCCUCAGAUGGAAGCGUUGCAGGUACCUGUGGUGCUGCAAGUAAGUUCAGGUCCACGUCCUCCCUACAUGUGCAGUAUUGCUGGCAGGUAAAUGCAUUCACUGGCCACAGUUUUGGUUUGCAGAUUGUGACUAAUUGUACAGCUAGCACACCUUUGGGUCACACGACAGAAUCUGCAGCCUCCUUUUACGGUGCCUGGGUGGAUUUUAAAACUAUUUGAUGAGGCCGACCUUUAUGUGAAUAGCAGCAAAUGAAUUUUUGUCUCUAAUCAGACAUGAUUUUGGUAUAAUUGUUUUCUGUUGAAUAAAAGGGGGAAAAUGCAGUAUUGUUAUCGCCUUGAUGUAAAGAUUCUCAGGUAAUCAACCUUUGGAUGAAGGACAGGACUUCUCUUUGAAAGCAGAAAAAAGGAGACAGUUUUGCACUCACUUUGUCACCUUCUAGGUUCCUUCUUGUCUUGUCUCCACCUCCCAAUCCACACAGACUAAUCUGUCUUUGUGUGCUUUCUAUUGCAUUGGAGCAGCCCCCAUCACCCACCCCAAUUAUUAAGAUGCUCCCUAUUCCUCCAUUAAUUUCCUGUUUGAGAUCCACUUCUUUUACAAAGCUUUCCCAGAAUAGUGUUAAUUUUAUAAAUUGUUUUAUUUAGAAAACUCACCAUAAGCUUGCAUCCAGUCUACAUCACACAGCUUCACCACUGCUUCAGGGCUAAGUGGCGUUUGGCUAAUCAUUAAACCUUGUUAGUUUCUCCUCUCCCCCCCCCCUCAUCCCACCCCACUACUUCCUCUCCUUUGCUUUCACCUGACCCUUUCCCUCCUACUCCAAAUCAGUACCUGUGCUGAGCUUCCAACAGCAGUGUGACUGGAUCUGUCACUUCAGUACAAUGCAGUGGGGCUAUUGGUGCUAAGUAUGCCAACAAAGUUGGCAGUGCAAUACUAUAAUGGCUACUCAAAAUUAAGUCCCAAUGAGUUCAUUAACCAUGCAAACAAUAGUUGAUGGAUCAGUUAGACUAAUCAAUUAAAAACCAUGUGAUCAUAUGAAAGCACCCCCUCCUCAAUGAAAUGGAUUGAUUCUCCUUUUUAAAGGUGUUUUUUUUAAAAUAAUAAUACUUCAAGUAUAGAAACUGUGGGUGGUGGGUACCAGCUUAGAAGUGGAUGUCUCCCUUCUCUCUCACACAUGGAGGAAUACACUGAAAGUUCUGCCUGCAGCCAUCCUCUAAAAAUGGGGUGGUCUUCAUAGCUCUUAGUUUUUUUCAUAUAGAAAGAUAUGCAGAUGUCAUUGAUUAAGGAUGCAAACCUAUAUAUGUUUAGACAGAAAAAGUCCUACAACUCCCAGCAUGCCCCAGCCAGUUCAGCUCUAAAUUUAUGAUUAAUUGAACCGAAAUUUCACUUAUUUGGUUGACUGCUCUGGUGCUAAAUACAUUUAGUAGCUGUAAGUUUAUUUACUUAUUUUAUUUAAAACAUUUAUAUCCUGCCCUAUAUCAUUAAGAUCUCAUAGUGGCAUACGGAUAAAAACAUACAGUAGAAAACAAUAAAUAUGCACAGUUAAAAACAAAUUAAACCAUGAUCCAAGUUAAAACAAUAUAUAAUUUAAAAGCAGUUAAAACAAGGUGCCAGUGAGUUUUAACACCAUGUUUUUACUUGGCGUCAAAAUAAAAUCAAUGUUGGUGCCAAUCAGGCCUCCAAGGGGAGGGCAUUCCAGAUCGGGGUGCCACAACAGAGAAAGCCCUCUCCCUUGUCCCAACAUAGCGUAUGUGUUGCAUUGGUGGGAUGUGGAGAAGGGCUUCUCCAACAGAUCUAAGGUCUCGGGCAGGCAUAUACUGUAUAAGGAGAGGCGCGCUCUCAAGUAUCGAGGUCCCAAGCCGUUUAGGGCUUUAAACGUCAUUACCAACACUUUGAAUUCUGACCGGAAGCGUAUAGGCAGCCAGUGCAGUUCGUUUAAGACCGGUAUUAUGUGGUCUCUGUAAGAUGUACCCGCCAGCAGUCUAGCUGUUGCAUUUUGCACUAGCUGCAACUUCCGCAUUAUCUUCAAGGGCAGCCCCACAUAGCAUGCAUUGCAGUAGUCUAAUCAGGAAGUUACCAGUGCAUGUACUACUGUGGCUAGGUUGUCCCUGUCCAGGAAAGGCCGUAGCUGCGAUUUUGCGAUUUAUUUAUUUAAAAAAUCUAUACAUUGAAUUGAAAAUGUAUGUCUCAAACGCACAAUUUUACUGGAUGUGCAAAAGCCGGCAUUCUCUGUUUUGAACCCACCCACCCUGUUUUCCCACUACUUCCUCUGUCUUUCUUACCAUUUUUUUUUUUUUUUUUGCCCUUGAUCUGUAACCUGUUAGUUUAAUUUCGUGCAACCGUUCCAUCUCCAUUUUGUGUAAUAACUAUAUAUUUGAAUUCAGUCUUCCCUGUUUAAACUCUUCUUGGUGUGUAAUAAAGGAAAAUGUUCAACAGUG